AUGCAGACGGCGAGCGAGACGGAGACGACAGGGAAGACGAUCGACCUGCGGGAGCUUUUGGAGGCCAACGAGGAAUCGAUGAGGGUGAGGAUCGCGAGCAGCGUGAUGAAGGCGGUGGAGACAUGGAGGAGGAGCACGGUGAAGGGGAUGGAGCAGGAGAGCGGAAUGAAGCAGCUGAGUAAGCACAGGUACCAUCCUGUCUACCUGAGGCACUACAGGGCAGCAGUCGCAGGACAGAAGAAGUUGGACGCAACCAAGCUCAAGGAGCUGGAGGAGAGGGACGCGAAGCUGUACGGGCUGCGCUCGCAUGCGACGAGCAAGGAGGAGGAGGAGGAGGCGGCGGACGAGUUUCCUGCAGAGGUCCUGAAGCUGUGGUUGAUGAGCACAGGCAAGUGCUUCAUCAAGUGGAAGAACUUGGCAAAGUUGGCGAACAGAGAGGAGGGAGGAAGGGUGCAGGAGACUGGCCCCUCCGCUGUCGGGCGGAUCCUUCAUCCUCCAGGGGAGACGGAGACGGAGAGGAUAACGGAGGAUCACUUGUGGUGGGCGGAGAAGAAGCACCUGAAGCCUGUGGUGUGGCUCCCGGAACGACCUAUGGGAGGCAACCAUGUAGCGCAUGUGUGCGAGCGAUGCUACAAGGUCUACGUGAGACUGGAGGAGCAACGGAGAAGUGCGACUGCCGCCAUCAUACAGGACGUGAGGCAAGGGCGCAAAACGCUGGGGAUUCCCAGCACGAUAAGGAAGGUGGAGGUGAAGCCUCCCAAGACGGAUGCUGAGGUGUACCGACGCUCUCUCAUUCAUCACCAACGUCAUCUCGACCCCAGGCUGCGUCCCAAUGUCGAUCGUGUCUUGUCCUCCUUUUCAAGUUCAUCCUCCUUCCCUGAUGUCUCAUCUUCCAGAAGGAGUCGGAGCGUUGAACCUGGGGAGGCGAGCAUCCAUCGUUCCGAGUGGCUGCAAAUGCACCAGGACUCCAUUGCUGAGAGCGCCAGGUACUCCCUCCUCCCACCUUCGAGCACGUUGAAGAACUGGCCGCCGGCAGGGAGGCCAUGGAAGGAGCGAUGGCAGCUGGGCAUGUUCACCUGA